AUGCUCCCGCUUCUGGAGAGCCCCGGUACCCAACAGGACGCGAACCCGUGCGCGGCCGCCUCCCGGCCACGACCACCGCGGACGGCGGUGCUGGAUGGCAGCGACCCGACCCUCCGGGGGCGGAUCCCCGCUGCCCCUCGGCCGAGCGGGCCCCUCCCUCCCGGGGGCGGCCCCGCGCAGCGCAUGGGGAGGCAGCGCCGCAGCCGCGCCCCCUCCCCAUCGGCGGCGGUAGCGCUGGGGCCGCGCCCGGCGCACGAUCGGGUGAACGCGGCCGAGCCGGAGCAGCGGAGCGCACCGCCCUCGCCCUCGGCCCGCCGCCGCCCCUCGCCCCCGCCGCAGCUCCGGCCGCCGCGCACAUGGCCCCGCUCCCGGAAGCUCACAGGAGAUUCCCUCCAGGACGCUGAUCAAAGACAGGACCACAAGCUGGAAAUAGAAAGUGAGAUAGAGACGUGUUUUCCAAAGAGACAAGGAAUGGUACCUCCUUAUGGGAUGGAAGUCUGGGAGUGCAAGGACAGUGGUAAAGCCCACAUCAGCAAGGUUAUCCUUGCUGGGGACAAGCUGGACCUGCCCAUGUGUGGGAACAGUGCCAUUUGGAUUCAGCAGGCGGGGGGGAAAACCUACAAGUGUCCCGAGUGUGGGAAGAGCUUCAGCCGGAGUUCGUACCUGAGCCAGCACCAGAGGAUCCACCUGUCAGAGAAACCCUUUGGCUGCUCCGAAUGUGGGAAGAGCUUCACCCGCAAUUCAGACCUGAUCAAACACCAGCGGAUCCACACAGGGGAGAAGCCCUACCAAUGCAGCGAGUGCAAGAAGACCUUCAGCCAGAGGUCCAACGUGAUCAGGCACCAGCGCACCCACACGGGAGAGAGGCACUACCUGUGCAAUGAAUGUGGGAAGAGCUUCAGCCAGAACUCGCAUCUCAUCGUCCACCAGCGAAGCCACAAGGGUGAGAAACCCUUUAAUUGCCCCCGGUGUGAGAAAAGCUUCAGCGACCGCUCCUCCCUGAUCAUACAUCGGAGGGUCCACACCGGAGAGAAGCCCCACAAGUGCCAGGAGUGUGGGAAGCAUUUCCGGGACAGCUCAGCCAUCAUUCGGCAUCAGAGGAUUCACACAGGAGAGAAACCCUACGAGUGCACAGAGUGUGGGAAGACCUUCCGGCAGAGCUCCUCACUGGUGACCCACAUGCGAACACACACGGGUGAGAGGCCCUACAAGUGCCCUGUGUGCGGAAAAGGCUUCAGCCAGAGCUCGGCGCUCACCACUCACCACCGGAUCCAUGGGAGAAAAGCCUUGCCCAUGUGCCACGACGGCCUCCUGUCCAGCCCCUUCCAGUGUACUGAGUGCGGCCGGAGGUGCAGUAACCACUCCACUCUGGCCAAGCACCAGAGCCUGCACACUGAGGAGCAGCCCUACAUCUGCGUGGAGUGCGGGGACAGCUUCCGCCGGAGCUCGGCUCUCAACGUGCACCUGAGGAUCCACCGCGGUGAGAGACCCUACAAGUGUGAAGAGUGUGGGAAAACGUUCCGGCACAGCUCAGCCCUCGGUGCCCACCUGAGGAUCCACACGGGAGCCAAGCCCUAUGAGUGUGUCGAGUGUGGGAAAACCUUCCGGAAAAGCUCAACACUUAAAGUGCAUUUGAAAAUCCACACGGCUAAGAAACCUUAUAAAUGUCUGGUGGGUAAAAGAAUGCUCACCUCCUGCUCACUUCUGCCAUAAGCCUGGAGCGGUUGUUCAGUGCGGGAAAAUGAAGUCGUUUUUGGGGUACCUGAAUGCAUGGUGAGAACCACAGUGGAAAGAGACUGGCUGGAGACAUGGUGUAUGUGGUGUUAGGGCUGGGUUCUUAACCCCAGAGGCACAAAAAACUUCAGGAGAUCUGGAAACAGGGAGUUAGUCCCAAGAUCUGUGUACUGGUGGUUCAGGAAGAGUGCCAAGAGCCUGAGGAAUGAGCACCAGCUUCAGGGUAAGUGGGGACUGUGAAUAUGUGCCAGAAUAAUAACUGGGAGAGUUUGGCUUGUAAAAUACAGCUGAAGUGAAGAUCACAAGAAAAUGUUCCAGGUUGGUUCUGACUCAAAACUUUGGCUAGUUAGACACUGUAGUAGUCUUAGGAACUCUUCUAUUUAUUACCUUCCCUCAUUUUUCAUGAACGUCGUAUGUUUACACAGUGUUUGACAAGGCAUUUCCAAAUCUUUUGAGAGUGACUUUGGAACUGAACUUCAAUCUUUUUGUUUUUUCUUUCUAUUCUCCAAAUCUUACAUGGGACAAAGAAUUCCUACCUUAUGAUAGCUAGGUAACACAAAACUCUAAUGGCUGUUCCCAGAAAACAUGAAUGCAGAAGCAUUUCCAUUUGAAAGGCAGUCUAUUGCUAGUCCGUGGCAGCUUCUCCCAAAUUUGUUGUUGCUGAUUUGAAACUCUGUCCAACUUGGGACAUCAACAAAACGUGGACAAAAAUGUGGCCUUACAUUAUUUAACCCAAAAAGAAAGGAUUUGCCCUCAGGUGUCCUAGUCUGAAAUGCUACACGGCAAGUUCUCACUGUUGGUCCAGAGAGUGACUGCAAUUCUGUUGUUACUUUUAUGCCACUCUUCUUUAGGUCAUUAUUGUUUUCAAACUAUUACUAUAUAAAGUUCAGCAUUUAAUGGCUGCAUAUUACAUACACUUCUUAUAUAUUGCAGUGUUUUAUAACAAGCUAUGCGUUCCCAUCCUAAAUAAAACCUUUUUCUUUUUUUUUU